GAUAAAACCGUAGAGAUUCUUUGGCACACCAUCUUUUCAUAUAAAUACCCUAUUCAAAUCAAUCCGAUGUUCAUUGCCUUUCAACUAUGAACACUUUUCUAUUUCUUCCGCUUCUUCUUUGGCUACCUCUCUUAGCCUCAAGUUUUGACACCAAGGUGUACAUAGUAUACUUAAGGCAUAACGAUGACGAUGGAGAGAAAACGUUACAUGAGAUUGAAGAAAAUCAUCUUUCUUAUUUGUUUAGUGUUAAAAAGUAUGAAGAUGAAGUCAGAUCUUGUCUUCUUUACAGUUAUAAGCAUAGCAUGAAUGGAUUUGCCGCCUUGCUUACUAUUGAUGAGGCCUCUCAACUCUCCGAUAUGAAGGAGGUUGUGAAGGUGAUCCCAAGCCAUGAAAUGGAAUAUUCAUUGCAUACCACAAGAUCAUGGGAAUUUUCAGGCUUAGAUGAAGAUUUGAAGCCAAAUCAAUUGGAUAAAAAUGACUUGUUAUCCAAAUCUCAAUAUGGCAAAGAUGUCAUUGUUGGAAUGAUGGAUAGUGGGGUGUGGCCAGAGUCAGAAAGCUUCAAUGAUAGAGGAAUGGGACCCAUUCCAGUUUCUUGGAAAGGUAUCUGCCAAACUGGGCCCAGUUUCAAAACAACAAAUUGUAACAGAAAACUCAUAGGAGCAAGAUAUUAUCUUAAGGGUUAUGAAGCACGAUACGGACCUCUAAACACCACAAAAGACAGUCGGUCCCCCCGUGACAUGGACGGGCACGGGACCCACACAGCCUCCACCGUCGGAGGCCGUGGUGUCCCCCACAUCUCAGCCCUCGGUGGGUUUUCCGCCGGGACGGCUUUUGGGGGUGCACCGCAGGCCCGCCUGGCAAUCUACAAAGUGUGUUGGGCGGUUCCAAACAAGGGAAAAGAAGAUGGAAACACAUGUCUUUUUGAAGACAUGUUAGCUGCUUUUGAUGAUGCUAUUAAAGAUGGUGUUCAUAUUUUGAGCAUUUCGAUUGGUUCAUCAACCCCGAUUAAUUAUACAAAUGACGGUCUUGCCCUUGGAGCACUUCAAGCGGUGAAAAAUAAUAUUUUGGUGGUGUGUAGUGGCGGUAAUGAAGGGCCGACGGUGUCCACGGUGGUUAAUACUGCCCCGUGGUUACUUACGGUUGCUGCAAGUUCUAUUGAUCGUGCUUUUGUUGCCCCGGUUCAGUUAGGAAACGGCAUAAAAAUUAAGGGACAAUCAGCAACUCCAUACAAGCUGCCACAAAGGAAAAUGUAUAAACUUGUUUAUGCAGCAGAGGUUGUGAAUGAAGAUGUACCAAAAACAUACAUAUCAGGUCAAUGUUUACCUGGUUCUUUAUCCCCUCAAAAAGCCAAGGGCAAAAUUGUCUUUUGCAUGCGAGGGAACGGGACAAGAGUUGGAAAAGGGAUGGAGGUAAAGAGGGCAGGCGGCAUUGGCUACAUUUUAGGAAACAGCCCCGCCAACGGAGCUGAGUUAACCGUCGACGCUCAUGUUCUUCCGGCAACUGCAGUUUCAUCAGAUGAUGCAAUACAAAUUCUCAAGUACAUAAACUCCACAAAAACUAGAACAGCAUAUAUUUAUCCAGGAAGAACUGUAUUACAAACUAAACCAGCUCCAUCAAUGGCUGCCUUCUCAAGUAGAGGCCCAAGUGCCAUUUCGCCGGAGAUCAUCAAGCCGGAUAUUGCUGCACCAGGGUUGAAUAUACUGGCAGCGUGGACAGAAGGUAAUUCUCCGACGAAGAUCGAAGGUGAUCACCGGAGGGUAAAAUACAAUAUACUUUCAGGAACUUCAAUGGCUUGCCCUCACGUCGCCGCCGCAGCUGCUCUACUCAAAGCGAUUCACCCCGAUUGGAGCAGCGCCGCCGUGAAAUCAGCGCUUAUAACCUCCGCUGGAUUACUGAACAAUGAAGGGAAGCAAAUAACUGAUGCAUCAGGCAAACAAGCAGAUCCAUUCCAAUUCGGAUCGGGUUAUUUCCGGCCGGAGAAGGCAGCUGAUCCUGGACUCAUCUACGAUGCUUCGUACACCGAUUAUCUCUCGUUUCUUUGCAGCCAUGGUGAUUUAAGAUCCAACCCAACUUUCAUAUGCCCUAAAUCUACACCUUCAACUCAAAAUCUAAACUACCCAUCUUUCAGUUUCCCGAAAUUAAUCGGGAAAGUGAGUGUAAAGAGAACGGUGACGAAUGUUGGGGGAAAAGGGAGUGUUUACUUUGCUAGUGUAGAACCGCCGUUGGGAGUCUCUAUUAAGGUGUCGCCGCCGAUUUUGAAGUUUAAAAGUAUAGGCGAGAAGAAGAGUUUUGAAUUAAGGGUGGAGAGACAGGUGAAUGGGAAGGUGGAGAAAGACAUGUACUCAUUUGGGUGGCUCACAUGGAGUGAUGGUGUUCAUAUUGUUCGAAGUCCUAUUGCAGUGUCUUUGAUGUAGUGAUCGGGUUUAAUGAUUUAAUCAUAUAAAGAUAACAUGGAUUGAUUAGAAAGUUCUUGAAAACAAGAACACAAAGAUGAAUAAUUAGAGGAGUAACCGUAUAACAAUAACAUACCUAGAAAUACAAUAUCAAGAAUUUGCAGUUGUGUUUUCUAGCAAAGAUUUCAUCUUUUUCAUAAAAAUGUUAGAUUGCAUCAAUUUCAUUGUCAAUUAAUUGCAAAUGCAACACAAUAUGAUUUGUUUUGUAUUGUGUGCCAAAAGAGGUUUUAUGUAACAUGAAUGGCUAUUGAAUAUGAAAGUGUUGUGUGACUUGUAUAA